GUGACAAACCCUAAAAAAAUGGAAACCAUCAAAACCCCUUAAAUUCCUCUCCAUCCCUUUCGCUUCUCUGGAAUCACUGGUAUCAAAAUCUCCCGCCAUCCGAUUUCAGAAGCAGAAAAAAAGAUGUUCACAUACGGUUUCACUGAUUUUAGUAAUGGAUCUUCUGCAUUUGGGUCUAUUUCUAGUCAACCGACUCCAUUAGAAAGCAGCACAUCUGGAUUCUCCAACGGUGGUAGUCCAUCAAUUCAACUUGCACUGGAUGAUUCUACUACUCUAGAAACCAGUACAUCUGAAGUCUCAAACAAUGCUAGUCCAUUAUCAAUUCAAUGUGAAGUGGGUACUAUUGUUCCAGCUAGCAGCAUAUCUUCUUUUCCGAACAAUGCUAGUCCUUCAAUUGAACCCGCAGUGGAUUCUAAUACUCCUGGAAGCAGUAUAUCUGACUUUUCUAACAAUGUUGGUCCAUCUAUUCAACCUGAAGUGGGUACUAUUGCUCCAGUAAGCUCCUUCACCGCUACCGGUUCAUUGGGCAGUGUUGCUACAGAAGUUGCUUUUGGGAAUGUUGGAUCUUCUGCAUUUGGGUCUACUUCUAGUCAACCAACUCCAUUAGAAAGCAGUGCAUGCGAUUUCUCAGACAAUGGUUGUCCAUCAAUUCAAUCUGAACUGGUUUCUACUGCUCUAGCAAGCAGUACAUCAGACUUGUCGAACAAUGGCGGUCCAUCGAUUCAACCUGAAUUGGGUACUGUUGCUCCAGCUAGCAGCACGUCUGACUUGUUGAACAAUGGUAGUCCAUCAAUUGAGCCUGCAAUGGAUUCGACUGCUCCAGUAAGCAGCACAGCUGACUUGUUAAACAAUGGUGGUCUAUCAAUUCAGCCCGCAGUGGUGGAUUCUCCUACUCCAGCAAGCAGCAUAUCUAGAUUCUCAAACAAUGCUGGUCCUGGUCUAUCAAUUCAACCUGCAGUGGGUUCUAUUACUCCAACUCCAGUAAGCCCCUUAGCCGAUACCACUUCAUUGAACAUUGGGGGUACAAAAGUUGCUAUCGGGUAUGCUGCUUUUGGGAAUGUCGGGUCAUCUACUGUCUUUGGGUAUCCUCCUAGUCAACCUAGUCCAUCAGGAAGCAGCUCAUCAUUCUGCACCACUGCUAGUCCAUCAAUUCAACAUGGGUCUUCUCUAUUUGGCCAGAAGCCUGCUUUUGGUGGGUUUUGGUCAACUACUCCUAGUCUGUCAAGUCCAUUUGGCGGUAGCAAUUUCCAACAAAUCCAGUCUGCAUUUGGAAGCAUUCCAUUUGGUUCAUCUGCUCCUUUUGGUGCACCAAGUCAACAUUCAUUCGGUACCAGUAGCAUCCCUGGUUUCAGAGUGACAAGCACUCCAGCUUUCAGUGCUCCUACUACUGCAGCCUUCAGUGCUGGAACAGCAUCAGCCUUUGGGUCUCAACCAACUGCAGCCUUCGGUGCUGCAACUACAUCAGCCUUUGGGUCUCGACCAACUGCAACGUUUGGGUCAGGAGGGGUAUUUGGCACUCCAGCAUUUUCUUCCACAAGCAUCCCUGCUUUUGGUGCUACGACUGCUGCUUCCACAUUUGGAACGUCAAACACUCCUUUUGGUGCCCAACCUUUUAGUUUUGUAACGAGCCCUGCAUUUGGCCAAACAAAUUCUGGAUUUGGUAGCAGCCCUUUUGGUUCAACUCUGUCUGCCUUCGGAGCCCAAAGUUCUACCUUCGGUACCCAGACUACAACACCCUCUACAUUUGGAUCUCCAGGAGCCUUUGGACAGCCAGGAUUUAGUGUUGGUCAACAACAACAUGGUGGAAGCAAAGUAGUGGCUUACGCUCCUACAGCUGAGACUGAUGAUACUGGUGCACAGAGUUCCGGAAAAUUUGAAUCGAUAUCAGCUAUGCCUGUUUAUAAAGAGAAAAGUCAUGAAGAACUGAGGUGGGAAGAUUGCCAGUUGAGUGAUAAAGGAUCAUCUUCUGUCUUUGGGUCGUGUCCUAGUCAAACUAGUCCAUUUGAAAGCAGCUCAUCAUUCAUCACCACUGCUGCUAAUACAGAAACUCAACACGCACGGGGUAAUGUAGCUCCCGAUCCAGUUGCUUCACAUGGUAGUUGGAUAAUUCCUCCAUAUGCCUCUUCAGGUGACCGUUCAUGGACACCAAGUAGGCAGGCUGAACCUCAUCCAAUGCUUCUAUCAAUAUCAGCUAUGCCAGUCUAUGUAGAUAAAAGUCCCGAGGAGUUGAGAUGGAUUGAUUAUCAAGUUGGAGACAUAGGUGGAUGGGUUCAGAAACAUGGCAUUCAGCUUAAAUGUGUCCCUCGUACACCUUUUGGUAAUAAUAUUUCUUGUAACUCUGCUCCAGCUUUUGGUUCUGCCUUCACAACAUCAAAUCAACCUCCAGCAUGGGGUAAUUUUCAAAGUUCAAUAUUUCCUCCAAGGGGUGGUUUUCAAAGUCAAAGUUGGAUAUCUGGAUCGCCUUCACCUGCAUCUGGCUUCUUGCGUCCUACAUUUGGUGUUCCUACUGCAUCGGUAUUUGAAAGUUCAGGUUUUGAGUCCGCAACCCCAUAUGUCAGACCACGCUGGGGCAGCAGAGUAGCGAGUUACACCUCAACAGCAGAGGCUACAGGCUACCCACUGUCAAAUGCAUUCGAGCAGAUAAAUGAACCUACGAUGGACAAAGCUAAGCGUGAAGGGAAGGAACUUGAUGCUAGCAGCAGUACAUACUUCCCAGUACCACAAGACAAGAACGAAGGGAAGCCGCUUGAUGCUAGUAGCAGUACUCACUGCCCAGAACCACAACAUAAAAAACAAGGCAAACAGACGGACAAGAAGAAGAUGCAAGAUGUACGAAAGGCAGUCGAAGUUGAGUGCAGCACUAGGCACUGCCCAGAGCCACGAGAUAAAGAACACGGCAAACAAACGGACAAGAAGAAGAUGCAAGAUUUACGGAAGGCAGUCGAAGUGGAGUGCGAAGUGGAACGCCGUGUGUCAGUGAAACAUAUAGCUUUCUUGACUUCCAUGUUAGAGAAACUAGACAGUCUUAAUAUUUGAACAGUGCCUGUCCGUACGAGAUUUUAUUAUCAACUGAUACGUAAAUAUUUUGAGGAUUGGUUUACAGUUCCACGUAGCUUUCUUCAGAGUUUUUUUUUCUUGACAUGUCUAAUCAAACAAAAUAUGUAAUUUUACUAUAUUAAUGUCUCAAGUAAAACAUUAAGAUGUACAAGUCUGUCACUUGGGCUAGCUAUUACAAGCAGGGUUCUGCAACCUUACUGCUAA